AUGAAGUCAGCGUGGCAUAGGAAUCAGCACGCGCAGUCAGAUGGAAUCAUAGGUUUUGAGAUGGAGGGGGCUGGUGUUUGGGACAAGUUCAACUGCCUUGUUAUAAAGGGUGUCUGUGAUUAUGCAGAUAGCCACAAAUCCAAGGCGUGGCAGAACUAUGCGGCGACAGCAGCAGCAGCGGUUGCAAAAGAGGUCUUGAGCCAAUAUUUGAUGCCACGAAAGGUGCCACAGCCAACCAUUCCCAGUAACCGUGAGGCUCUUUCCUACUCCCUACUGGAUGGAUCCCGGAUGCUUCAUGAUAGUCAGAAUUCAAGAUCAGAAUAUUCGUUGAAUUGUAUAGUCAAAGGUUUCGAGAGUUGCUCUGAGAAAGAGCAGCUUCAUAGAGACGCCCAAAAACGUGUUUUAUCAAGUCUUCGGCUCCCUCAAAUGCAAGAACGUGCACAAAAAAUUGAACCCGCCUACGAGAAGACAUAUACCUGGAUCCUUCAAGCUCGAGGGAGACAGAUGCCUUCUGGGUGGCAUGACCCGGUAAAAUGGCUGUCCUCGAGCGUAGAAACACGAAAAGUCUACUGGAUUUCUGGUAAAGCUGGUGCAGGAAAGUCAACACUCAUGCAAUUUCUUAGAGACAAAAUCAACGAAAAGGAGCAUAUGCUCCCAUGGACCCAGGGAUGCUCAGUUAUCCGGGCAUCUUACUUCUCUUGGUGCCCCGGAAACAAGCUACAGAAGUCGGUUGAAGGGCUUCUGCGCUCCGCAUUGUUUCAAAUUUUUGAAAAGAAGCCAGAAAUAAUACCCGAGGUUAUUCAUGACAUGAGAUGGAGCUCUGCUCAGAUGUCCUCGAUUGAUUACGGACAUUGGAGCAACGUGGAGCUGGUAUCUUCUCUUCAAAUUUGCAUUCAAGCUCUGCAGAAGCUCUCCAUCAGAGUUUUGAUCUUUGUUGAUGGUCUAGACGAAUUUGAAUGCACAGAUCAGAUGCGUCAGGAGCUCAUUGAAACUUUUGAAUCGUUGGCUGAUAAAGAAAAUGUUAAGAUAUUCGUAUCCAGCAGGCCUUGGAAUGUCUUUGAAGAUAGCUUCAGUGAUUCUCCUAAGAUCAGACUGGAAGAGCUCACACGAGACGAUGUAAACUCAUAUGUUCGAGUAAAGUUUUGCAAGAGUCCACGAUUUCAGUAUCUGCUUCGUUCCGAUCAACAAGCAGCAGAAAACCUGAUUUAUACGAUCGCAUACAAAGCUCAAGGGGUCUUUCUUUGGGUCAGGCUUGUGGUUCAAGAUUUCUUGAAAGGCAUUCGAGACGGUGAUAGCAUUCACACUUUGUACACAAAGCUUGAGGAAAUGCCAGUCGACUUAGAGGAGUAUUUCAAACGCUUGAUUUCCUCAAUUGAUCCUCAACACAUGCGAGAGGCCUCUAUCAUCCUGCAAAUCGCGUUGCAUGAAGAGACCAACUUUGCCAAUCUACAUCCUCUGCGCUUGAUUGACUUGUCAUUCAUUGACGAGCCCAGUCUCGAUUCUCCACUGAAUGCCCCCUCCAGCCACAGAGAAAUCUUCAUCGAUGAUCGCGAGGGACUCAGGUUCCGCCUUGAUUCAACCAUCAGACGACUGAACAAUCGAUGUAUGGGGCUGCUUGAAUGCACAUAUGACCCUGAAAACUUCCUUGACUUGUUUGCUGAAGAUGACACAAAAGGACUGGCGCGUACUAUGCACCAUCAAGGCCUAAAGUUUGAGUCGUCUAUAUACUCAGAAGUCUUUGACGGUCCCAAUUUCCUACACAUCUUUAUGCUUACAGUCGACUUUUUGCGUCGAUGCUGCCGGGACUUUCUCCUUUCUCCACAAAUCCAGAAACUCCUCCAGAAACCCCUCCACCAGUACGCAGAGGGUCAAUUUGAUGGGAGGACUUUUCUUGUAAAUGCCAGAAUCCCAAAAUGUGUGGCACUUCAGACUGCCAGAGUCUAUCGCCGCUUCUCUAUAGGGCUUGCAAGCUAUCUUGUAAGUGCUCUUUCGGUUCCCAAGUGGAGAGAGACACCGGUAUCUAUUCAGGCUGCACAUACACUUCAACCAGCUGUUGAGGCCUUUGCCUACCAUGAUAAAAUUCAUUCCGCGUAUUGGUAUAUUAGCCCUGUUCUGAAUAGUUGGCACGAGGACAAAAGCAAUUUCCUUACCUUAGCGAUUGAUUUUGACAUGCGAGGUUACUGCAUGGAAUAUCUUACUGAGAGCCAAGUCCAAGCCAAGACAGGUCGUCCGAUAUUAGAUUAUAUUCUCCGGCCAAGAUUCUGGAGCACACCAAGAUGUCACUUAAACAUUGGGAAUUCAGCCCCCAGAGUCAACCUUCUACAACGGGUUCUGGACUUGGGAGCAGAUGCUAACACUCUCUACCGGGGGAUCUCUGUUUGA